CAUUACUGUUAUUCUUCUUCUAUUUGCCGUAACGUCCUACGCGGACAUGCCGGCCUAUACAGGUUGUUGAUACUUCAUUCAUUACCAUGCAGCCGGAUAGUCCUUGCUAUGGGGAGGUCCAUUCUAGGCUUGAACCCAUGACGGGCAUGUUAUUGAGUCGUUCGAGUUGACGACUGUACCACGGGACUGACCCUAUUAUAAUUAUUAUGAUUAUGAUGAAGCAUACGUUGGAAGGCAACAAAGUAGAACAAUUGCCCGAUAAGAUAUAUGAGAACGUUGGCAUUCGUAUUACAAUAACUAUCAGAUGCUGUUUCAUAAACAGCACGUGCAUAGAAGCCGGAUGACAUCAUUUGGAUUUAUCAUCUAGUUCAGUGCUCUCCAACCUUCUAAGGAUGGCGGACCACUUGGUUUAAAAAAUACAUUUGACAUUCGCGGACCGCGGACCACAGGUUGGAGACCACUGAUCUAACUGGUAUAUACAUAUUUAUAAUAUUGCCUAUACCAAUGCAUUGUUAAUUUAGAACUUCCCGACAAACACAAUACUUACUAGUUCUUUUAAAAUGGUUUGAAGACUACGCUGAAUGUAGCUGAUCAUAUUAACAGAUUGUAAAAAAUUUAUAUCUGUGUUCUUUCCAUGCUAAAAACAUUAAUGUCCAAACAUUGGACGCAUACACAUAGCGUCACUAAAUGAGAGUCUGAUAACCAACCGAUGCGCACACACACUGGCACUCCAUCCAUCAAAAUUUCCUUUCAUGAGUAUGCUGGUGAGUAGCUGAGCGUCUAUGAUUUAUUUAUAUGCCUAUGUUGCAGAGCCUACACAAUCAUGACUAACGUUAAUCAACCGAUUCUUAGAAACUUGAAAAUUUGAAAGAGAGCCACAUAUUCCAGUCCAAUGAUUCAUUUAUAUUUUUGCUAUAAUAUACUGACCAAAAGGCUAACAUCAUUUUAGCUAUUCAACAGUUUUUAACAGUUUUAUACCAUUGGCCUAUGGAAGUAAAUGUUCAUGUUUUGAUACAACAAAAACACCGAUUCCUGUUUGGAACUCCCAAGAUCCAACAUUCAUUCAAAGCCAAAGUACAAUGGUAGAAUAUCACAGUAACUUCGAGUCAUCAUCAUAUCUGCACAAAACCGCGACUAUGAUAUGCUGGUACUGCACAUGCUUGAUACAAUAUAUGUGAUACAACAUACAUGAAUCGAGGGAAGUUUCGGAUCUAUUUUUUGCAUGGGCUGAAUAAUUAUCGAUGUGUUAUUUUGAUUGGUCGGUCUCGUGGUACAGUCGUCAACUCGUAUGACUUAACGAAACGCCCGUCAUGGGUUCAAGCCCCAUAUGGACCGUGUCUCCAUGUGUAGGACUAUCCUGCUAUGAGAUAAUCCAUAAGUCACUGAAAGCCAAGCCCACUAGUGGGGUACAGGCAGGCUGACAACGAUUAAUUGAGCCUAAGACGAAGAAGAAGUUGUUUCCAUUUCCAAAAGUGCAAGAUAAGCGUAUUCAGUUGUCUUGCCUUAUUUAUAACGUUUUUAUGAUUGCCACUUUUUAUGUGUCGAAACUCAUGCGCAAUCAUUUUCAUUCGACAUCUGGUACUCACUUGACGAAACUAACUUUUGUGUAAUUCUCUCUUGACAUCCAUGCGUCAGUAGUCUGUGAUUCAGCUAAUCGGAAUGCGUCCUUUUGUUUUUUUUUUAUAUUUAUUCUCUUUCAAAGCCAAUCAAUCUAACACAAACAAUGUGUUGUUCAAAACAGUUUUCCAAAAAAACAGUAGCUGUGCAUAUCUCGCCCUCUUCAAUGUUUAUCUCUUGGAUACACUGUUUAAACCUGGUGGUAUUUAUGGCAGCAUGUGCAAACGGCAAUACCUGCACCGUUUCAAAUCCGUCUAGUUGGGAGGCAAUAAUUGAAUGCCCCAACUUUAACGUUAAUCUUACAUAUUAUGAAGACGACAACUAUCUAGAAGUGAUAUGUCCAAACAUGCCUAACUUUGAGUUGCUACGAGACCUCCCAGAUCUACCGAGCUUUACGGUCAACGAGCUGGUUUAUCGGAACUGCCCACUCCCAGUCAAUAAUCAGUCACUUAUCGAACUGCUUUCGGCCUUUGUUAAUCGCUCCAAUCAGUCAUAUAUCAAUAAAUUAUUCCUCAUUGACAAUGCAGAACUAUCUGAGGAUAUCACGUUGGAUCCGCAGCUGUUUGCCGGACUAUUCAAAUUACAAUUCCUUUUAAUACAAAACCUUGCUGAUAUCUCGUUUGACAAUCCUCUGCUGUUCAGACACCUGCCCCAGUUAAAGAAAAUCGAAUUUCACGGUAGAAAUCGUGUUUCUGGAACAAUCUUACAACAACUGAAGCAACUCAAAGAACUUUAUAUGCAUAAUUCGGACAUGAAAAAACUACCAAAAGAGCUAGUUUCCAAUCUGCCUAAACUUGAGACUCUGUACCUCGACAAAAAUAAACUCAAGCAUGUUAGUCAGUUUACCACGCUACCGAAUCUUAUGUAUCUAAACAUCAGUUCUAACCAACUAGUGAAACUACAAGAAAACGUGUUCAGUAGGCUGCCGAAACUCAAGAUACUUGACCUAUCGUCAAAUAAACUAAAGAGACUUGCCACCGAUUUGUUCAUGGAAAACAACCACCUGGAAGUCUUUAAGGCAGAUGAUCAGAAAUGUUCGGAACUUGUACUAGAAAAAAAUGUGUUCACUGAGCAAAAAUUUCUUAAGGAAGUGUCUUUAUCCAACUGUAAAAUAACCGCACUACCGGAAGGAAUUUUUCAACAUUGUCUCCAACUAUUCAAAGUUGACCUGAGCCACAACAAAUUACAAAGCCUUCCGGAGGAUCUGUUGAGUGAUUCGUUCGCUGUAGAGCUUUAUUUACAGCACAACGAAUUUAUUAACAUGCAGCCCGAAUCUCAGCUGCUUGGAGCAAAUGAUGUGUGUUUUCUAGACCUUAGCCACAACAAAAUUACAACGUUGAGCAUACAACUACUGAAAUCUUUCAGCUCUUUGAAACAGUUACAACUUCACAAUAACCAGCUGUAUAUGAUCGAUGUUGAUGCAUUUAAAUCGCAGUCACAUUCACUAAUAUUUCUCAAUCUCAGCCACAAUCGACUGACACUACAUGAGAAUAAUGAUCGGAUGAUUAACAGUACAUCCUGGAUACUUUUUCGCCCUUUAAUCAAACUUGCGCACUUGGAUCUUUCGUACAACGAAAUUACCAACAUAUUUGAUCACUUUAAAAAUUUCAUGGAUAAUCUUCAAUCUCUUGACCUGUCGCACAACUUUAUCACACACAUCAGCUAUACAGAUUUUCCAUUUCUGUCGGCCAAGAUUAACCUGGUCAAUUUGGAGUCAAACAAGAUUACACAUCCCGAUUUCGACCUCAGCCGCAUUGAACCACUCCAUCGCUUACCCAACGAAAUAUUUCUCGCUGAUAAUCCACUCAACUGUGACUGUAUUUCAUCGUCGCUAGUCACAUAUCUACAGGCGCAUUUGAAUGCCAGUAAAUCAAUCCCACUAAAGGGACUUCAAUGCGCUCAGCCACCCGCGCUGUUUGGACGUAAACCGCAAACACUGCGCGCGGAGGAUCUGCUUUGUGAAAAAGAAACAUUAUUUGGUUUUUGUCCGAUCGAGUGCAAAUGCUACAAACGGCCCGUUGAUCAGGCGGCCAUAAUCAACUGCACCGCUGCUAAUCUUACCCGUGUUCCCGUCAUCAAAAGCCCAUCGAUCAUCAAAUGUAGUUUUAUCGAGCUGCAUCUGGAACAGAAUAAGCUAAAUGCCCUAUCUAACGGAAGUGAAGGAUGGAAUACCGUUCGCCGGCUUUAUAUCUCAAACAACAGCUUCACCACUCUGCCUGGAGAUCGUCUGCCCGAACAGCUCGAGCUUCUUGAUGUCUCUGGCAAUCAAUUGACCGAGGUCGACGCAGCCUUCAUAAUCAAGCUGAAUCAUACCGCUCUCCGAAACAUCAGCCUGUCAGCGAAUCCUUGGGAUUGCCACUGUGAAAAUCCACUGCUUGCGUUCGCCGUCGAUAAUGCAGCACGCAUUACGGACUUCUCCACCCUCCAGUGCUCCGACGGUCAACCGAUCAACUCGGCUACACUGAACGAGCUGUGUGCUUGGACGACAACCCUCAGUUUCUAUAUCAGUUCGGCAGUUUCACUGUUACUUAUUGUAUGCUUACUCGCCAUCUGGUUGUACAUGAAAUACAGCCUGGAGAUCAAAGUGUGGCUCUUCAAGCAUAAUUUGCUACAGUGGUUGGUUACGGAGGAGCAAAUCGAUAUGGAUAAGCGAUACGAUGCAUUUAUUUCGUACUCGCACAAGGAUGAGGAGUUCGUCACAGGCCAGAUGUUACCGAGGCUUGAGAGCGAAGAGCUCAACUUCAAAAUCUGCUGGCACGUGCGUGACUUUAUGCCGGGCGAGAUGAUUGCCUCGCAGAUCACGAAAGCUGUCGAGGAUUCACGACGCACCAUUAUCAUCCUCUCGCACAACUACCUCGAGUCUGUGUGGGGUCAGAUGGAGUUUAACACUGCGUACUUACAGUCGUUGGAGGACAAGCGCAACCGCGUAAUUCCCAUCAUCUACCAGGAUAUUGGCGAUAUCGAUCAGCUCGACCCAGAGCUCCAAGCGUAUCUCAAGACCAACACUUACGUCCGCUGGGAUGAUCCAUGGUUCUGGGAUAAGCUACACUACGCCAUGCCCCGUAAGCGCUGCCCAAAGCACGAUCAGGCAACUGGCAACAUUCCCAUGUUGUCUUUGAACAAGCAACCCGCGGUACAGAUUAUAGGGUCUAUUAUAUGACUUGAGUGUUAGCGAAAAAGUGUCAAAAAUGCUGAUUUUCUAUUAUGGUCCGUGUUAGACAACUUGUCUCUGGUUAUAUAUCUAACUGAACGAAGAACAUUUGCAUUACUUGCCUCAAACGGAGACCGUUUUUUGUCUAAUAGCAUUCCGUCAGGUUAAAGCUACGGAAAGCGUUUUGUUUAAAGGUUUUAUCACAAAUUGAAUAUUUCAAAACUACACGGAUUGCAUGUUACAUGUAGAAUGGAUUUUUUGUAAUAAUUCACUAUACAAAGAGUGAGAAUAACAAAAUCCUCAGAAAGUAGAAAAACAUUACACAAGCACUACCUAGAAUGACAUCGCCAAAAACAUUUAAAGAACGACAUUUAAUAAUACACCAUACAUAAUAAUAAUUAGAAAAUUGUACGAUACUUCCUACGUUUUAUGUUGCACUUUAAAACAAAGUUUAAAACAAACAAAACGAUUUCACAUCAAUUUGGGCAACAAUGUUUCGAGUCAACGAAAGAAGUCUCUAACAAGUGUAAGAAAUUAUCCUCUCGAGUUGACUACCAAUUAACGACUGCUUUAUUCCCCUUAAUCAUUUACACAUACACUUACAUUCCUAACCGUAACUCUAACUUAACCAAUACCUAUACCUAUUAUUACAACCCUCACCCAUACUUAUACCCAUUGUUACACAAGCUUGUAUAAUACCGAUGUUGUUUCCAUUCGUGUAGGGUGGUUUUAUUUGACCCUUUUCCGUUUGAAUCAGAUAAUCGGCAUUUAUGUCACUCACGGAAAAUCCCGUACCACCGCCAACUUUAAAAACCCUGCAUAUCUCCAAAAAAGGUGCGAUCUAUCAAAGAUAAUUCAACAGACUGGUAAUGUAAUAAAUUAAUAGCAACGAUGCAAAAAUUAUAAUAGAAUGUAGCGUCUAAUAAAAACAUAACCGCCAUAUGCCGAUUUUCUGAACUUAUUUACUACCACACAACCGAAGAGCCAGUUCUUGCAAAAGGGGGGGGGGGGGGGAGGAGGUGAGAUUGCCAUUUGCGGAUUUAACCCACGACGGACAUGUUAACGACUGUACCACCGUUCUUGUUCUACCACCUUUAUUAUUCUUCUUCUUUGGCACAACAACUGCUGUCGGUCAAGGCUGUCAAGACUAGUGUGACCGUAUUAAUACACGAUGCGCAAUCUCAGAUUGCGCAUAUAUUCGUUUUAUCAAAACAUAAGUCAUUUCGCGUAGCCAACCCUGAGCUUUAAACGUCAUUUCCAUACAUUUUCAGAUUGCGCCAAGAUUGCGCAUAAAUUUUCAAGAUUAUAUGUCCGAGGUAUAUAAAAUUUUUUUGACAGAUAAAUAUAUCAAACCGACCCGUUUGACAGAUAAAUAUAUGCGCAAUCUGAGAUUGCGCAUCGUCUAUUGCUACGGUGACAGCGAUUACCAACUGUCAGAUUCGGCACAGUUUGUUUUGUUGGGACAAAUUUUGCAAACACAAAAUAUUUUCAAACACGUUUUUUUAUGCAAGCAAUAUGCAGUAUAAACCAUACAUUUCAGUACAUCGUCACAACUUUAAUUUUGUUAAUACUGCAACAACCACAAGAAACCUUGCCGAAUCCGACCGUUGUGCAAUCGAAGGCGAAAAUUGUGUUACUAAAUUGGACAGAGUAGCUUACACCAUCUGGCGUGUGAGCAAGUGGUGGACAGCGGUGUCUCUAAAAACGACUAUUGUUAUAAACAAGUGGACAGUUUAUUGGACUAGUAAACCCUGUAACAGUCACAUGAGAAAUUGUCGCUCUCAUCCAAGGUGUUAUAAAUGACAAGGUGAAGUUGUUCAGAGCAAAAUGACAUUUCUCGACUUGACAUUUCUCUUCCGUGGGCUCCGGUAUAAAAAUCGGGGAGGGCUGGUGCGGGGUAAUGAAAUUUGUAUGCAGAGAAUGACAGAUGUCCCCCACAAUGUCGCCCAGCAAAAGCGAUAAAAAUCAACCUUCUAAAUACAUUAUCCUUGCUCUCAUCGCUCUCUUUCCAUGCGCUGAAAAACUGUGACGUCAGGCUUCCGGUCAAGUGUUAAGCACCGCAGCAACUCAUGAGCGUAAGAGAUAGCGCUAUGGAGGGAAUGAGCACGGAAGACGCCUGACCAAUGGCGUAGGGGGAAAAAGGGUAGAAAUACAAUAGAAAGUCGAUUAUCCGGGGACGGAUUAACCGGCGGACGGCUUAACCCAAAGUGGGUUUAUUAUACAGGUGGGCUUAUCCCGAACAAUUUGACAGGCUGGGUGAUGGGUCAUCGGAAUCGCAUCCACGGCUCGGAAUGGCUUCCGAGCAUUGCAACUCCGGCUCCGAUUCCGAAUAAUUCAAACCGUCGAUUCCGCCCGGAGCCGUCCGGAACCGUUCAGAGCCGUCGGAGCCGUUCGGAGCCGUCUGGAGCCGUCCGGAGCCGUUGGAACCUUUGGAGCCGUCGGAACCUUCGGACCCGUCGAAACCUUUGAGCCGUUGGAACCUUUGGAGCCGUCGGAGUCGUCCGGAGACGCUAGUCAGCAGCUGGAGCCGCUAGUCGGCAGCCGGAGCCGGUCGUAGCCGACGGAGCCGGUUAGAGCCAUCGCAGUCGUUGUAACAGCCUAAGUCGGCUACGACGCUACGACGGCUCCAACCGGCUCUGGUGGCUACGUCGGUUCCGACGGCUCCAACGGCUCCAACGGUUCCGACGGCUCCGACCAGCUCCGGAUGGCUUCAAUCGGAACCGGCUGCCAACGGGCGGCUCCGGACGGCUCUGACGGCUCCAACGAUUUCGACGGCUCCGACCGGCUCCGGCUGCCGACUAGCGGUUCCGGACGGCUCCGACCGGCUCGGAAUUUUGCACCUACCUUCCGAAACCGCUUCCGAUUUUGGCGGAGUCAUUCGGAAGCGAUACCGUAUUGUUGUUGAAUUUACCCAUCACUACAGUGCUGUAGAAAAAUUAAAACGAAAUGACAGGAGGGGAUUCGAUCAUUUGUUGUUUGUUUGCGUGUGAAUUCCAAUGGCUGUUUUGGUUGAUGUGUCGUAGGGUGGGUGAAAAGAUACGUAGCGGAAUUUGGGGCAAGUGUGCCAUACGGGGCAAGAGUACCACCAAGCAUUUUUCCUUAAAAACUUUAGUUUAAUGAUCAAUUGUGUAUACAGUUGGUUGCUUUCCAAUGACUAGGUAUACUGAGCCGAAUUUCAUACAGACCAAUCGAUAUUUCCCAUUGUUUUGAACUGAUUUACGUUGAGUUUCAAAAUUGAGCAGAAUAUUAUAAUUUUUUAAUCCAACCAAAUAAGCUCUCAAAAAUCAUGCGAACAAUCAACCGAGGAAAUAUUUACACCACCGUAUAGCUGAGAAAACGUGAUUUUUUUGUGGGGUUAGUUGAAAAAAACUUUCUUUUUGUCACUGAAAAAUUCAAUUUCAAAAAAGUUACAACUUUUGGGGCAAAAGAGCCAUCUCUAUUUGGGGCAAGUGUGCCACCAUUUUUCAUAGGCGUGAGCUGUCAAAAAUGUAAACAUUGUUGUAGCGUUCACCGGUAUGGUGCGCUUUUACGAGCGGAUUCUACUCCGGAAAAACAGACCAGCAACAACCUAUAUUGCGAUACAGUUUGUGAUGAAAAUGGGUUCAUUGGUGACUCAAGACAUGUAGUAAUACAUACACUAGUGGUACAAACGUAAUAAUUUCCAAUUAUCUUAGAAAUACGGUUAUUUUAACCAGGUGGCCAUCUUGCCCCAUACGAGUGGCACUCUUGCCCCAUAGCCCAAAAAACAACGUCUUUUUGGACACUUUUUAAAACGCUUCAAAAACUGUUUUGUUUACAAUUUUUUCAAGCGAAACUCAGUUAUAAGUGAGGAAAUAGAUGUAAAAUGGUUAUGAGAUUUAAAUCGGCUUUUGAAAAACACGUUUUAGUGAGUUAUAACUUGAAAUGCUUAAGGUGGCACACUUGCCCCAAAUUCCGCUAUCACGUAUACGUUCAUUCAAUAUGGUUUUCCCGCCAAAACUAUAAGCCCACCUAGUCCCUGUACCCACUUUGGGUUUAACCCAAGGACUGUAUAGGAACGAGGUCAAGAAAACUCAUCAAACCGUAAAACCAUUAUUAUUAAAAGAGGCAUCAAUACAUUUUGUGAAACAUUCAAUAACCAAUUUACAAUUUUCUUAUGAGCACCAGACUGAUUUAUCAUUUUUAUCACAAUUAAAAUUUGAAGCCGUUCUCGUAGUACAGUCGUCACCUCGUACGACUGACCAACAUGCCCGUCAUGGGUUCAAUCCCCAAAUAGACCGCGCCGCCAUAUGUAGGACUGACUAUCCUGCUAUGGGGGGGAAUCAAUUAGUGACUGAAAGCCAAGCCCACAAGUGGGUACAGGCAGGCCUUGACGGACAUCGGUUGUUGAGCCAAAGAAGAAGAAGUAGAAAAUUUGGACCGAAAUUGGCUCUUAGAUGUCAAACUGCCUGUAACGAACUUUUGGCUAGUUUUCAAAUCGUUCUACAUUACUUGACCUUGUUCCUACACAGUCCUUGAUCGUGGCGAACAUUUUCUGCGAUGAUCGGGUUAGUAAAAACAUUUGUUGUGCAGCUAUCUACUGGUUAGUGAAAUAUUCUUUUAAAUGCAGCUAUCUACUGGCUAGUGAAAUAUUCUUUUAAAUGCAGCUAUCUACUGGCUAGUGAAAUAUUCUUUUAAAUGCAGCUAUCUACUGGCUAGUGAAAUAUUCUUUUAAAUGCAGCUAUCUACUGGCUAGUGAAAUAUUCUUUUAACUUCAUUUUUGAAAAAAAGACCAUUGAUAAAUCUAUUGUUAUUGAUUCAAACAAUAUUGUACUAGUGAUUAAUCGAUUGGUUUAUGGUGAAUUCUUUGGAAAACCAGUGAAUUUUAUAAUUUUUAGAUGAAUUCGACAUUUCCUGGACCAUUAUCCGCUUCCAAUCGUAAAACCUUUUUCCUAGCGUGGGCCGAAUCGAUUGGUCCGAUACGGUUCUUCUUUUUAUUGACUACAGGCGUCCCCCGAGUUACGACCCCCUCGAGUUACGACGAUUCGCAGAUACGACGAUUUUGAUUUUGACAGUGAAAAGUUGUCAGUGAGAAGAAAUUGCUGUAUUUUUUUGAAUUUCUGUGCUGAAAACCGUUAUAAACACAUUUCCAAAGAUUCUACAACUAGCCGAUCUUUGAUAUUUUUAUCGCGUAAAUGACUUUCGGUGUAAAAUUAAUACAUUAUCAAACAUUAUUUCAAAUAAAAAUCACGAUAUCAUAGAUUUCGCCUCUUCAACUUCGGUUUUAAACUUAACAUUGACAGAUAUUCGACAUACGACUAUUUUGACUUACGCCUUGCAUUGGGCCAUUUUUUCAGUCCCAAAUACAGUCGUAUCUCGGCGGACACCUGUAUUCGUUAUGGUGACGAUUUUAAGAGCUUGAAAACAAAGGUUUCGCUGUGGAAAAUUUCAACGGCUAGAAACCAUAUGGUUCAACGAUAGCUUUUUAAAAUUAUUUAUAAAAAAAAACAUUAGCAACUGAAUAAUAAGGUUUAAAUAUAUGGAACUAUAACUGAAAAUUAAUACGUUUAGUGAAAUUCAUAUGUAAGUUUUAUUGCGUUUCAAAAUUUGCUGUCAAACACACUUCAAUGAAUAAUUCGCGAGUAUACUCUCUCUCCCUUUCUCUCUCUCUCUCUCUCUCUCUCUCUCUCUCUCUCUCUCUCUUUCUCUCUCUCUCUCUACUGGAGCAGAUUCCCAUGCUCUGCGCCUACUCGCACACCAGUGCAUUUACAAUACGUAUACAGCCUAGUUCUCUUCGUAGUUUCCUUCCGCUCUCAUGUCCUGCUAAACGCAUGCGUGCGUUAUUUUUCGCGCGUGCACACAUAUACUUACGCAACUUUGUUGUGCGUCAACAACCCCCAUAGUAGGAUAGUCACAGUCCUACGUAUGGCAGCACGGUCCAUUUGAGGCUUGAACCCAUGACGGGCAUGUUGUUAAGUCGUACGAGUUGACGACUGUACCGGAAGACCGGCUUACUUUUGGUACUACGCUCGGUAUAAAAGAGGUCAUAAAUUUUGGCUCAUUUGACAAGUGUGUUGGUAACAUCAGAAUAAGUUGUGUAGUAUGCCAUUGCAAUGCAUCAAUGCUAUCAGAAUGGAAAAAAAUAAAAAAUUUAGCAGUAUUCCUAUACUGCUUGGACUGGUGUCUAGGUGAUCCUUUUAAUUGAAUAUCAGUUUAAGCUUGGGUAGGUAACCCAGUUAAUCACAACUGUUAUCAAAAAUAUUUGUUUACAGUCUGUUCCCGAGUUACACGGAUUGUGCGUUCCCAAGGAAUCCGUGUAACUCGAAUAUCAGCGUAUGUCGAAUUUCACGAUUUUCGUCCAAUUUAGUUCAAUUUAGUACUUUUAUACAUUUUAUAAUUUAUUUGAUACGAUUCGUGCAGAACAUUAUGAUAUUUUUGGCUUUUAAGUGAUUUUAAUUUAUUGGCAAAAAUGCAAUUUAUAGUGCAUUGGAAUUCUUGAAGCAAAUUGUACUGAUUUGACUUUGAUCUGUCAAAGGGGCCCUUCACGAUUCUAGUCAGCUUUUUUUACAUGGAAUUUGACAGUUGGAGGUUGAAAUCAUGUAAACACUCCAUAUAAAACCACACACAAAACUAGACUGCGAUUUUCAGUGUAGAUCAGCAGUCGGCAAAAUCCGACCCGAGAGUCAAAUGCGGAUUUGCCUGAUUUUUAAAGAUAAGAAAAAACUAUACGUAUAAAAAGUUGCUGAAAAACUUAUAGCAUGAAAUUUCAUUCCGUCCACCCACCGUACUCGUCCACCCUUGAUUAUCAUGAUAUGGAUUGAUGGACUAAUCAUUACCGGGGUUUUCAGAAGUUCUGAUAACUUUGAAACACUUUCGUGACUCUACGGCAUACUUUUUGGACAGGCUCAUUAAAAAUACAAUAAAGUCUCGAUUCAAUUUUUUAUAAUAACUUUACAAGCGUCUUUCAGCAGUUAAAUUUUGUGAGUCGAUGUAUAUAGUGACAAUGUAAAAAUGAUGCACUUUUAUAAAUCAUAAAAUUCAAACCAGAUUCUAUUUAUCUGCGGCAUCGAUGUCUACAACUUCUUUAAGUAGUAAAAUUAUAUUUAUUUUAAUUUAUUUAAAAUCUUUUUUACUUGUGUUUUUUUUAUAACCGCACGUAAACGCUUUUCAAAGUCAUUGCAAGCCGCAAGCACAACUUCGUCGAAGCCUUACGGUUUGAAGCUGGACCCUGUUGAAAGCAAAAACUGUUUUUUCUCACAUUUAUUUUUGAUCACAGUAAAAGGCUUUUGAUAAUGAAAAACUAUGACGAUUCCCCUUUGGCCAAUAUAGCUCCCCAAAACAACUCAGGUGAUGAAUUUUUAUAUCGUUUGACUCCUUGUAUAUCAUGAAGCCGUUAAGUGUUGGUAUAUCAUAACAUGCUCCAUAAAUACGAUCAUUUUGCUUGUUCAAAGCUACCACAAUAGCAAUCAAUUUUUUAUCCAAAAAAAUAAUCUUUGUGACCAGGAUGCGCUUCAAGCAGCAACUUUUAUCGGACUACCGUGCUACUAUUACAAUUAUUUUUAAUGAUAAGAAUUAAAUAAUCCUUAACCUUGCUUGAAUGAUAUUCUUACAUAAAAACAUCGCGAAAGAAAUAGUUUAAAAUUAGCAGUCGUUAAAAAUUAGCCAGAGUCGUUUUAAAUUGCUAGAAUUUUGGUUAAUUUUCACGACUGGUCAUAUGCCGUCGUUAAACAAACGACAGUCCAGAGCGUAUGCGAUACAAAUUAACAGUCUUUAAUUGCAGUGCUCGAUUUUUCCCCCGUGUUUGCCUAUAUGCGAUAUCGUGCAGUCGUUAACUGUUUUGACGAUCGUUUAUUUUAACAGGAAUGAACAACAAAUGAACUCGGUUAAACCAAAAUGAACUUUAAAUGACUGUUAAAAUGUGCUCAUUUAUUCGAGAUGCCGGCUAAUAUCACCAAUCGUAUUGCUUGAUAUCAUUAUCCGACUAUUUGAUUUGAAAUCUUUUAUAAUGUCACAAUUUGAGUGCUAAAUUAACUGGACCGGCUCUUGAUUAUUUACACCAUUUGGCCCUUUACCUCAAAAGUUUGCCAUGCGCUGGUCUUGAUUAUUUUAUCCUUUAAGUUGUAAUUAGAUUCGAACAC